AUGAAAGUGCCAAAAGUCUUAAAACAUUCUCGUCGAGUUCAUAUUAUACGUGUUAGUAAACCUGAAGUACGUCGAACUCCAUUAGAUGAACGUGUUGAUACUCGAAUUCUAUCCUCAGUUGAUAGUUGGUUGAGCAGUAUACCAAGUGCAAAAGAACAAAAAGUUAAAGAAAUACCAAAAAACGUUAUUAAUCAACCGUUACCUACUAAAAAUAAUCAACCGUUACCUACUAAAAAUAACCAACCGUUACCCAGUAAAAAUAAUCAACCGUUACCCACUAAUAAUAAUCAACCAUUAUUUUAUUUAUUUUAUAGAAAAGACUCAUUUCCUCGAGUAUGGGUAAUAGUUGGUAUAACUAUUUUUGGAUUUGUGUUAGUAGGUUCAAUAGUUGGUAUUAUUUUAGGUAUUAUUCUUCGUUAG